CUGCUGAUAUGGAGAGUAUAAUCCUGCAAUACUGGAGGCUGCAUAUGUAUCAUGAACAAACUGAAAGUAAAUUCAGUCUUGUGAGUUGCUUUCAUUUGUCAGGAUUGGGUCGAAACUUUCUCUCCAAAUUCCCUCAUUUGAAUGCAAUUACAAACUCACAUUUCUAAAGAGGAGGCCUGACAAAAAGUGCAACAGUUGAAUAGGAAAUCUAAGGGAUCUAUUUUUAUAAGCCUCAGCCAGUGUAACUGGCCCUGCUCGCCUCGCUCCAAACGGGACUCGAACCGGCGUCUCCGGCGUGGGAGGUGGGUGCGCUAACAAGGAGGCUAAAGACUGCAGCCUCUAGCAUCAGUCACUAGUGCACUCAGGAGAGUGAGGUUUACACACUGCACUGUAAUCUACCAGCUGGCUCUCAUUACACUCACCCCCCUAAACCUCACUCCCAUCCGGGUCACGGCACCAUUGGCCCUACUCAUCCCGCUCCGAACGGGAUUCGAACCGGCGUGGGAGGCGGGUACGCUAACAAGGAGGCUAAAGGCAACAGUUAUCUACCAGCUGGCUCUCAUUACACCAGCCUCAUAAGGGAGAUGAACUUGCAUGCAACUCCUGUUUUACAUCCUGCAACAUGCUUUGAAACUGCAAGGCUUAGAAGCAUCAGUUAAAGGAGCUACCAGAAUGCUUGAGUAUCAACAACUGCAGAAUUAAACUGCAGUUUUUCUUCUAAUGUGGUGAGGGGAACAAAAUGGACCAUGAAGUCUGAGGGUGAAACGUUUCCCUCCAUCUCCAAAAUUGACUAAAUAAACCUCCCUUGCACAUUUAUGUGAACAUGUUCAAGUCAAGGAAUAUUUUAAUUAUUGCUGCUGUUGUCACUCUGGACCUAAAACUGUGUUUCAGUGCAUGUGCUCAUGCUGAAUAUGAGAUAAAUGGACAAUGCUGCCCAAUGUGUGCACCAGGAAGCCAUACCAUUUGGCACUGCACAGAGGAUACCAGCACAACUUGUAUGCCAUGUCCUGUAUUGACAUACACUGAUGAACCCAAUGGAUUGAUCAAAUGCUUACCCUGCACAGUGUGUGAUGCAAACCAAGGGCUAAAAUUAAAAAAAGCCUGCACACGUUCUGCAGAUACAGUUUGUGAGCCACUGGAGGGAUUCUAUUGCACUGUCAAAAAUAAAGGCAGCUGCACUUUAGCCUCUGAACACUCUAAAUGUAACCCCGGACAAUAUAUCAAACAAUCAGGAACAGCAUUCAUGGACAUUAUAUGUGCUAACUGCACAGAUGGCACUUACUCAAACGGUUCUUUAACAACUUGUCAACCACAUUCAAAGUGUAGCACAGAGGGACGUAAAGAAAUAAAACCAGGAACAAUGUUGGCUGAUGCUGUGUGUGGGAAUUUGACUCGAGUUGGUCUCAUAUUUGGAGUCAUAGUUGGAAUAGUUGCUCUUUUGGUGGCUGCUGUUGGGAUUCCAUUAACAUAUAUGAAAUUGAAACGUAAAACUCAAUCCUCUAGCAAACGUGUAAAUUGUGUCUCACAAGCAGUACCUGAGCAUAAUGAUUUGUCAACUCCAUGUUACAUAAACCGCAUUAGUAGGUGUAGAGCGGAGGAGCUGCGGGCCGUGCUGGAACGACUCACACCAAUCCCCAUUCAGCCUGAUGAGGUGCACGAGGGAUAAAGGCAGCCGAUGACCCCAGUUCGAGAGAGAGUGAAUUAUGGGCAGCUGCCCUUUAUGUGUUUGUGUGUGUCUUUUUUAAAUUAAAAUAUUAUUUAUAUUUUAUAUCUGGUUCUCACCUCCUCCUUUCCCUUUAACCCCCUUACAGUAGGUAAGAGUCAAAAGAUACCCAGAAGGCCUCUUAAUAAUAGUAUACACGUGUAUGUAGUUCUUUCUUUAUACCUCAAAAAACCUAACACUUACCUUUUUCUGGUUAUUUGUGUAAGAUCUUACUCAACCAGAGUGACCAGCGAUGUCGGAUUGGGGAUAUGGUGGACCUGAGAUUGCCUAACGGGCAAUUGCUAGAGUGGGGCCCACUGAAAGGCAAUAUUGAUAUUUCAUGAUAUUAUCAUGAAACCUUUGUAUCAUAACAUGCUAUUGGUUGGUAUCAAACCUCUCCUAUCCCAAAAAAAUUCAAAUUCAAGUUCUGGUGAUAAAAAAG